CCUGUUUUGGUUUUCCUCCAUGAUCCUGAUACGUGGCUGUUUGGGAAAGCCCUGUCUGCAGCUGGGAUUCAUGCGGAGGUUGGGAUCCUGCACAAACUGCACUGAGCCUCGGUUCAUGCGCGGGCCUGGAUGGCAGGGACACACCGGAGCAGCGACAGCGGAAAACACGAGCGUCACUUGUUGCUAGUGCGUUUCGGACCAUGGGCUGGAUGAAAGACAAACGCAGUACUAAGCCCAGCUGGGCCCUGGCGCUGUUGGUCCCGGCGUUGUUGCUGACAGUGACCUCUAGGGGGGCGUCCAGCAGUCAGAGGAUGAUCCAAACGGUCAUGGCUCAGACCACAGCCACCGCGGCGGGACCCGGCUCCACGGACCUGCUCCAGGGGCUGCACCAGGGUCUGCAGGCCACAGCCCAGUUCCUCUGCUCCGAAGAGGCUCAUGUCCUGCUCCUGGCUCUGCUCGGCUCCGUCGCGGUCGGCCUCAGCGGGAUCUUUCCGUUACUUAUUAUUCCCAUCGAGGCAGGUGCAGCCCUCAAAACUGAAGCUGGAUCUCAGAGACUGAAGCAGCUCUUGAGUUUUGCCAUCGGUGGUCUUCUUGGAGAUGUUUUUCUGCACCUCCUUCCUGAAGCCUGGGCACUGUCUGGCUCUUCAGUGGGGAAACAAAACCACUACAAAACCCAGGGCUUGUGGGUAAUUGCUGGUUUGCUGGCCUUUUUACUCUUGGAGAAGAUGUUUCCAGAUGAGGACGGCCAUGAAGGUGCCACGGCUCACUCCGAUUUGAACUUCAACUCUAAACAGUCUAUUUCAGUUUUCAGUGGAAAGACAGAAGUGUCACUCCAAAAUGGACACCACGCUGAGUCAUGGAAAUCUUCUAAGCAGCUGCAGCAAACGUCUCAGAAAAUCAAGACAAGUGGGUAUUUAAACCUGCUGGCAAACUGCAUAGAUAACUUCACUCAUGGCCUGGCAGUGGGAGGAAGUUUUCUGGUUAGCAAAAAGGUUGGCCUCCUUACCACCUUUGCCAUCCUGCUCCAUGAAAUCCCCCAUGAGGUGGGAGACUUUGCCAUUUUGCUGCGUGCUGGGUUUGAUCGCUGGAGUGCCGCUCGCAUGCAGCUGUCCACAGCCAUGGUCGGGGUCCUGGGGGCGUGUGUGGCCCUCUACGCUCAGUCUCCAAAAGGAACAGAAGACACAGCCUCCUGGAUAUUACCUUUCACCUCUGGAGGAUUUCUCUACAUCGCUUUGGUCAAUGUGGUCCCUGAUCUGCUGCAAGAGUCCAAUUUGAGGCAGUCCAUGCUCCAGAUCGUCCUCAUUCUCUCCGGUGUAGCUGUGAUGGCUCUUCUUUCGACCAUUGUUUAAACGGGCCUCUCUGUUACUCUCCGUGCAUUUGAUACACACAGUAUAUAUCGUGUAAAGUAUAGUACACUCCACAAUCACAGCCUGUUACUGACGUGACUGAAAAUGGCACUUUAUGGACUGAAUGGACAAUGAUAAUGUGCCAAAUUUAAACCAAGGGAAGUAAAUAAACGGCAUAUACCAAAAACCCGUUUUGCACAUAAGCAGCAUCACUUUGGUUUUUACUCCUGCUCUUUAUGGCUUUUUACUUUGUAUUUUAACUAUUUAAAGUAUGUCUUAUUUUCAUGCAGCUGCUGUAUUUAUUGAAAUAGAGAUAUCCGUGCUUUGUUUUCCCAGUCUACAUUCAUGAUUUAUAUCCCCCCGUCAUGUUACAAAAUAAGUGCCAAACACUAGAAUCUGUCCGACUUGUGUCAGGUUUAGUUUCCAUUAACAAAUGCUGUAUUAUAUACAGUGAAGUUUCCACAUUUACCUAAGCAAUAUCUUUAUAUUUUUGUUAUAAAUAUUUACUACGAAAGAAUGUUUAAGUUAACAAAAUAAAUCUAGAAAUGCUAUUUUUAUUUGGUGUAUAUUUGUGUAGAAUUCCCAGAGUAAAUCUAACCCUAACAAUCAAAGGUAGAAGACGCAUCUUUUAAAAAAUAAACACGAUGGAAAACUCA